AUGUCCAGGAACUAUCGGGGUGACAUUGAGAUGUCGGUGAUCGAUUCGUUCAUGCCACUGCUCAUGGAGAAGGAGGACGAGGGCCAGCUAGCCCCAGUGCUGCAGAAAAACGAUGUCAGCUAUGUGUACGUCAAGCAUCUCAACAUUUUUCUUGUGACGAUAUCGAAGAAGAACGCGAAUAUUGCAAUGCUCUUCGCGUUCCUGUACAAAUGCAUCGAAGUGUUUAGCGAAUACUUCAAGAUCGUAUAUAAUUUAGUUGUUAAUUUGUUUAGGUACAUUACACAGGAACGAUAUAUGCUAGAUAUUGCUCCACGCCCUCCGAUGGCGGUCACAAAUGCGGUCUCGUGGCGCUCUGAUGGCUUGAAAUAUCGCAAGAACGAAGUUUUUCUUGAUGUUAUCGAAUCUGUUAAUAUGCUGGUGGGCUUUCAACGCUUGAAUUCUUUUAAAUUCAUCCGGGGACGCGGCAAAGCAGUGGAGUUAGAAGAUGUAAAAUUCCAUCAAUGUGUACGACUCUCUCGAUUUGAAAAUGACCGCACAAUAAGUUUCGUACCGCCUGAUGGCGAAUUUGAACUGAUGAAUUAUCGCCUGACAACAACGGUCAAACCGCUAAUUUGGGUGGAGGCCUGUAUGGAGAAGCAUGCCCAUUCUAGAAUUGAAUAUAUGGUCAAGGCGAAAUCACAGUUCAAACGACAGUCAAUUGCAAACCAUGUGGAAGUUAUAAUUCCCGUUCCGAGCGAUGCGGACUCGCCGAAAUUCAAGACUUCUGUGGGCUCAGUUAAAUAUGUCCCCGAACUGAAUGCGUUUGUUUGGAUGAUCCGAAGUUUUCCUGGAGGCCGCGAAUAUCUUAUGCGAGCACAUUUUAGCUUGCCAUCAAUUGUAGUUGACGAAGCAGAAGGCAAACCACCAAUUUCUGUCAAGUUUGAAAUACCAUAUUUUACAACAAGUGGCCUCCAGGUGCAUUUCUUUAAACAUUUUUUUUUUUUUGAUAGCUGCUUCGAACAGUAG